AUAUUAAUUAACUAAUUGUUUUUAAUAUUAUCCCUAAUCAUAUCAAUCAAUCAAUCAAUCAAUCAAUUAAUCAUUCUAUGAACUUCUACUCACUUUAUGGAUCUAAUCAAGAAUAUUCCUUGAAUAUUUUAGAAUUAAACUCCACUAAGUUUUUAUUUCUUCGCCAUUUUCCUUAAGAUAAGCUGCUUUACUAUUUGCCUUAGUGUGAGUUUGGGGAAGAGGAAGAAGAAACUAUUGAUGAAUUAAAAAAAAAAGUUAAAAUUGAUGAAGAAACCAGAUUAUUUAUUUCUAAUUAAUCAGUUAAUAUAUCUAAAAACAACAAUUUAAUGGAAAUAGAAUAAUAGGAAGAUAAUCAAAAGUCACCAUUCUAUACAAAGAUAAAAGAUAAACACUAUAUAAAAGGAGCUAUGAAGUUCGAUUUAACUUUUUUAAAUAAUAUUGACUAAAAUUCUAUUGAUUUUAUCUUAAUAACAUCAAUUGAUGACAUCUUCCUUUUACCAUUCCUAUUUUAACAAAAUAAACUAAAAGCCAAGGUUUAUGCUACUGUCCCUGUAGCUUAGAUAGGAUAGCAUGUGCUUCAAGAAUAUUACAAACUAGUUUAGAAUAGAAAUAGAAAUAUUGAUUUAUCUUCUUCUGAAAAUAAAAAUGGAUAAUAUUUUUAAAAUUCAUAAAAUUCAUAUUUUUAAGAGAGUGAAUUUUUGGAUUUAUUUGAAACACAAUAUGAUUUGGAAAUCAAUUAGUGGGCAGAUAUUUUUAGUUAUGAAGAUAUUCAAAAUGCUUUAAGCAAAAUUACAACAAUGAACUUUGGAUAAAAGCUACAAUUAGAGGGAGUAGAUACUAUUAUUGAACCUGUUAGCAGUGGUUAUUCUAUUGGAAGUUGUGUCUGGAUUUUAGAAUAUCAUUCUAAUAGACUAGCUGUUUUUAACAAUGCUUGUAAACAUAACAUCAGACACACCCUUAACCUUGAUUAAAGCUCUAAGUUAAAGGAUUCUUUAGAUUUUUUGUUUGUCACUCCCUUCUUGAACACAUCAAAAGAAUUAACUGCUUUGACAAAAUAAUUUAAUACUUCAUAUCUUAGUGAGGCAUAUCUUAUCAAAUUUUUCUAGCUAGCUUAGUAAUUACUACAAUAAAAACAAAAUUUAAUUAUUCCUAUCAGAGACGGUGGUAUUAUUUUAGACUUAUUAGAUAUAUUAGAAAAGAAGCUUGCUUCUUUUAUUAGACAUUUUUAUAUUAUUUGUGAAAGUGCUUUACCAUAUAUCCAUUUUGGUAAUAGUAACGUUGAAUUUUUAAAUGAAAUCCUCUAAAAAAAGAUAUUUUGUGAAAACCCUGAGAAUCCCUUCUCAGCUUAUGACUAAUUUGUAUAAAAAAAUUAAAAUAUAAGCAUAUUGCCAGAUUUUAUAGCUUUUUAGUAAUUAAGCAAGUCAUAGCCUUUGUAGUCAUUGAUAAUAAAUAGAACACCAUCUAUAUUUUUUGUUGUUGAUUCUAGCUUGAGACUUGGAAAUACGAUGCAGUUGCUCAAAUUAAUAAAUGAAUCAAUUCCAAAUUAAGAGGAAUUCUCUUCUUCAAUUUUACUUGUUGACCCUUAUAUGCAGAGUCCUCAUGUGGUAGCUCCUAUCUUAGGCCUUUUUAGAAACCAAAUAUUUUAUACUCCACUUGAUAACAGAAUGCAUGUUUAAGAAUUUUGUGAAUAUGUUAAAUAAAUUAACCCCAAAAAUUUGAUAUAUCCUCGUAAAUAUUAAGAUAUUUAAAUAUUUUUAGAAUAGCAAAGAGAGUAAAGCGGUUAAAGAAUAUUAACCUCAGUAUAUGGUAACGAUGAAGCUAUUUCUCUUAAUCUAUACCAGCAUGAAUAAGGUGCACUGACAAUUAACAAAAAUGAGCUUAAAAAUAUAAAGUUCUCUAAAUUUGAAAGGAUACCUUUUUUACCCUAAAUUGGCUAAAUUAAGGGAAUUUUGAACAGUGAGACAGGAUAAAUUUCUACAAGAAUUAGCAUUUCCAAUCAAAUGGAGUUUGAUGAUAAACUGAACGAAGAAACCAAAUAAAUUAUUAUUUUGAGAUAUAAAAACUUAAUUUAAAGGAAUUAAGGCUACAUCAAUUUGUAAAAUUUCAUAAUAUAAGAGAUGAAUCAGCUUGGUUAUUAAUAAACAUCCACACAAACAAAUAGCGAGGGACUUAAAAUCUAUCUAAAGAACCAAACUACUAAUGAUAUAGCUUAUGUGGAGCAUGACAAAGAAAAAACUUCAGUUUUUUGCUCGAAUAAAGAUAACACAUUAAGUAUUCUAAAUUUCAUUAAACAAAAAAUCAACAUAGUUGAGUUAAAAUGAAUUUUUUUUUAUUAAAUAAAAUAAAUUAACUUGAAAAGGAUUAAUAAAAAAUAUUAUUUGUAUGAUAAAAUUAAAAUAAAGAAAUAAUUAAAUUUAUUAUAAUCAUUAAAAUAAUUCUGAAAAGUAUUUGGCUUACUUUAAAUUCAUAAAAUCUUAUUUAACAAUAAUUUUAUUUUAUAUUUCAGCUUUUUUAUAUUUUAAAAUAAAUUUUAUAACUAUUAUCAAGUAAUCC